UGCCAAGCAAGCGGCCUCGAUCGUCGGCCACACAAAAAUGAAUGGUUACAUUUUGGGACUUGCGCGCCCUCUACAGACCAUCAUCCCCGCAAAAGUAAAGCGCUGCAGCGAUAAGCAGGAGAGAGCCAAACCUCUCUCACCCUUUCUCCAACAAAACCAGUCCACGCAUCACAGAACCGGGACGCCUCGUUUUGAGAGGCAGUCCAGCAACAUUGGACAGUGCGUUUAGAAAGCCUUGCUUUGGAUGAGAGCUCUGUGGUCGUGAUUUUCUGAAAAACCUGCAUAUUGGGUGGGUCCUGGGUAACUGCACAGUUUUGGCAGCUCUGAGGACUUGAGGAGGACAUGUUUGUGCCCAGAAGAAGGAACUGUUGAUGCUGUUAGGAGCACCAGCACUGUCCUCAGAUCAGUAGCUCGGAGGAAGCCCCCCCCCCCCCUGUGGCCUGGAAGAAGAUAAUCCGGGAAGUGACUGGGAUGACCCGCCCCUGGGGAUUCUCUUCUAACGCGACUGCGGCUGGCUGCUGACCACCCCUGUCUGCUGCCCCUGCCUGCCUGAGCCUGAGGUCUGGAAACUGAGCACUUGAGGAACGUGGUGCGGGUGUGUCGGGGCUGGGGGGGGAAAGGUUACGGCGGGUGAGCAGGGCCACUCAGCCGCAGUUUGUGCGGUGGGAGAAGUCGAGGUGCAAGAUCGCAGGUCCACCCUGGUCCAUGGUUUCAUUCUGCCCAGGCCGGCCCCACCAUCCGUCUGCAAUGGUGACAUGAGGAAGGGCGCCCCCUGCCUGAGGAGCUGGCUCAUUGCACCUUCAGUGUGAAAGUGACUGCGACUGGCUGCGAUUGGCUGGGCUGUCUGCUGAAGCGGGCGGUGGGAUUUCUGGAAGUUUCGCAGGUGGUCGGGGAGGGCAGGGCAGGCGGACGAUGCUGCUCUGCGGCCGGUUACGGCGGGUUUUCCGCCAGCUCACCCUCCAGACCAGCCUGCUCCUCCUCUUCCUCUUCUGCAUGGUGAGCGUCUUCGUCUCCGCUUACUUCCUGUACGGGGUGAAGCGGGAGCUGGAGCCGGCCGGGGGGGCCGACGGCGGGGCGGACUGCGACGAGCCCCGGGCCACGCCCUCACGCCUGCUCCCGCUGAAGACCGUGCGCCCCUCGGACACGUCCCGGACCGACCCCGUGGUCCUCGUGUUCGUGGAGAGCCUCUACUCCCAGCUGGGCCAGGACAUCGUGGCCGUCCUGGAGUCGAGCCGCUUCAGGUACCGCACCGAGAUCUCCCCCGGGAAGGGCGACAUGCCCACCCUCACCGACAAGGACCGCGGCCGCUUCGCACUGGUCAUCUACGAGAACAUCCUCAAGUACGUCAACCUGGACGCCUGGAACCGGGAGCUGCUGGACAAGUACUGCGUGGAGUACGGCGUGGGCAUCAUCGGCUUCUUCAAGGCCAAUGAGAACAGCCUCCUGAGUGCGCAGCUGAAAGGCUUCCCCCUCUUCCUCCACUCCAACCUGGGCCUGAAGGACUGCAGCAUCAACCCCAAAUCUCCCCUCCUCUUCAUCACGCGGGCGGGGCAGGUGGAGCGGGGCCCGUUGCCCGGCGACGACUGGACCGUGUUCCAGUCCAACCACUCCACCUACGAGCCGGUUCUGCUGGCCCGGACACGGUCGACGGAGGUCGUUCCCCCGCUGGUUUCUGUCGCCGCCCCGCCCGUCCACACCUCCGUGGUGCAGGACCUGGGUCUCCAUGACGGCAUCCAGAGGGUGCUCUUCGGGAAUAACCUCAACUUCUGGCUCCACAAGCUGGUGUUUGUCGAUGCCGUGUCCUUCCUCACGGGCAAACGCCUGUCGCUGUCGCUGGACCGCUACCUGCUGGUGGACAUCGACGACAUCUUCGUGGGCAAGGAGGGAACGCGCAUGAAGGUCCCCGACGUCAAGGCUCUGGUGGAGACGCAGAAUGAACUCCGCUCCCAUGUGCCCAACUUCACCUUUAACCUGGGCUUCUCAGGGAAGUUCUUCCAUGCAGGUACGGAUGAGGAGGACCUGGGCGAUGACCUGCUGCUGUCCUAUGGGAAGGAGUUCUGGUGGUUUCCCCACAUGUGGAGCCACAUGCAGCCACACCUCUUCCACAACCACAGUGUGCUCGCCGAGCAGAUGCAGCUCAACAGGAAGUUUGCCGCCGAGCACGGCAUCCCCACGAACAUGGGCUACGCCGUGGCCCCGCACCACUCCGGGGUGUACCCCGUACACGUGCAGCUGUACGAGGCCUGGAAGAAGGUGUGGGGCAUCAAGGUGACGAGCACGGAGGAGUACCCCCACCUCAAACCCGCACGCUUCCGCCGUGGCUUUGUCCACAGCGGGAUCAGUGUCCUCCCCAGGCAGACGUGUGGGCUCUUCACUCACACCAUCUUCUACAGCGAGUACCCAGGAGGACCCAAGGAGCUGGACAAGCUCAUCACUGGAGGAGAGCUUUUCCUCACCGUCCUGCUCAAUCCUAUAAGCAUCUUCAUGACUCACCUGUCCAACUACGGGAACGACCGGCUGGGCCUGUACACCUUCCGGAAGCUGGUGAAGUUCCUGCAGACCUGGACGCACCUGAAGCUGCAGACGCUGCCGCCCGUGCAGCUGGCCCAGAGAUACUUCCAGAUCUUUCCGGAGGAGCGGGACCCGCUCUGGCAGGACCCCUGCGAGGACAAAAGGCACAAAGACAUCUGGUCCAAAGAGAAGACAUGUGACCGUUUCCCCAAGCUACUCAUCAUUGGUCCACAGAAGACCGGUACGACAGCCCUGUAUCUCUUCCUGGGCAUGCACCCCGACCUGACCAGCAACUACCCCAGCAAGGAGACCUUUGAGGAGAUCCAGUUCUUCAACGGCCACAACUACCACAGAGGAAUUGACUGGUACAUGGAGUAUUUCCCCCUGCCCUCCAACACCAGCUCAGAUUUCUACUUUGAGAAGAGCGCCAACUACUUUGACUCCGAGGUUGCGGCACGACGGGCAGCAGCUCUCCUACCCAAAGCCAAAAUCAUAACCAUCCUGAUCAACCCAGCUGACCGGGCCUACUCCUGGUACCAGCACCAGCGUGCCCAUGACGACCCGCUGGCUCUGAGGUACACCUUUCACGAGGUCAUCACGGCUACCCACAAUGCACCGCUCAAACUGCGGGUUCUACAGAACCGCUGCCUGGUACCAGGCUGGUACAGCACACACAUGGACCGCUGGCUCAGCCACUACCACCCCAGUCAGGUUCUGGUUCUGGAUGGGCAGAUGUUGAGAACAGAACCUGCCGCAGUGAUGGAUAAGAUCCAGAAGUUUCUGGGUCUCGUCAACACGGUCAACUACCACAAGAUCCUUGCGUUUGACCCGAAGAAAGGCUUCUGGUGUCAGCUGCUGGACGGGGGCAAGACCAAGUGUCUCGGGAAGAGUAAAGGAAGGAAGUAUCCCGACAUGGACUCUGACUCUCGGGCCUUCCUGAAGGAGCACUAUCGGGACCACAACGUGGAGCUGUCCAAGCUGCUGUACCGGAUAGGCCAGCCCCUGCCCGGCUGGCUGCGGGAGGAGCUGCUCAACUCCAGGUAGCAGGAGCAGGGGGGAGGCGACGCACCGGCCACCGCCAUACCCAAACAGGAGUGAGAAGACUGAUGGACAGGAGCCCGUCCCUCCCCCCUCUCUGCCCACGGCCAGUCAGAGGCACCAAUAGACUGGAAUGAGCCAAUCAUAGGCACCCAGAGACCUAUUCUCAGCCAAUCAGAGGCACCCAGAGACCUUUCCUCAACCGGAAGGCCUGUGACGGACAAGGGGGGGACAGGAAGCAAUCGGCAAGGCUGCAAGCCAGAGACUUCUUUACAGAGAACAGCUGCACCCUCCAUAGGCGGGGAACACAGCACAAUGUGAGCUGGACAGCGGACAGAAGGGGGGGGACAGGGGGGGGUCCAAGUUUAAUGAUGUACCCCUCUCCUAGUCCAGCCCCAAAUCCACACUGGCACAUACUGUACACACACUUUGCAUUGGGAUUGGUUUUUCUGUGCUAGUGCCAGGGAUGAAGUACCCUAGUCUUUAGCAGCUUACGAGCCAGGGUUGAAUGUUCUUCCAGACUAAUGAGGAUGAUUGUUUUUAACAAUGAGGGUUAUCUUUUUUAGUUUGGAACCUUAUUUCUUUCUUUUUAUUUGUCUGCUGCCUUUUGAAGGUGAGGGAGCCUCAAGAGUAUUGCGAUAGCUACAGUAUGUUCUGUUUUUCUUUUUUUAGAGACAAAACAUUUAAAAUGACUAACAUUGAAAACAUCUUGAGACAAUAGCACAAUGUCAACACUUAGCAGGCAAUGAGGUUUGAACUGGAAAGCGAGAGAGCAACAUGUAGAUACAAGUGCGGGAGCGAGUAGAUCAAUAAGCGGUAAUACAGCAAAGAGAGCUAACGCUGAGAGAUGUAGCGCCUGCCCAGUAUUGCAGGAGCCCGGCAGUGUUACCUGCACCAAGGCCCCUCCUGUUUAUGGCACCCCCCUUUUCUUAUUCGCCACAUUUCAGGGCGAAAGCAACUUGAACUUUUUGGAAAUAAAACGCGCAGUGUUGGAAUGUCAUUCUCGUAUUCUGAAGCCUUAAAGUAGUGCCAUGUGAUGCUGGUCUUGGAUACCAGUGUGUAUUGCUCUGCAGUAGAACAAUGUUUACUACUGCUUCUUUUAAGCAUGAGUUUAAACUGAAGAACCACCUGUUGUGUGUAUUACUGGCUCCCCAAAGUAAUCUGGAUUAGUGAGGUUUCAUCAUGAACUCGCAAGAGUGCAGGAGAAGGAAGAGACCAGGGUGGUUGAGAAAGUGAUUCAGACUCCUAAUUUUAAAUCUGCGUGGGUGACUGAAGUGUGGACCGCUUGUAGCCCCGUGGCUAAGGUACAUGACUUAGGGUUCAAGCCCCGAUGUAGCCACGAUAAGAUUCACACAGCUGUUGGGCCCUUGAGCAAGGCCCUUAACCCCACAUUGCUCCAGGGGGAUUGCCCCCUGCUUAGUCUAAUGAACUGUAAGUCGCUUUGGAUAAAAGCAUCAGCUAAACAAAUUAUUUAAUUUUAUUAAGUCAGACAAUGACUGCACAGCAGUUGUUCUUUUCAAACUGGCUUAUCCUCAAAGUUUAGUGCCAUUGCUUCCUUGUUAGUUUACUCCUUAGAGUCUUUUAUGACUUCAUUCAGAAUUCUUCCCAUGUCCCGAUCGACUCAGAGUCCUGUUGCCAUGGUGAUGGUGAAGUUGGUCAGAAAGGAGUUGGCACAGAACUGCAGCAGAUCACCGAUUGGUCAGGGCUGCUAGCGAGAAUGCCUUCUGUAACGUCUCAGAAAACAUGGAACUUUUUUCGGGAACUGUUUAUUAGGUGUACCUCGUACUCUACCUGUCACAAUAUGAGAUAUACGGAUGGACAGUUGAUGCUGACACUCCGUAGUUUUGAAAUCUUGCAGGCUUACGGUACUGUCACCGUGUCAAGACGCAUUUUUGUUUGUUUUGCCAGCAUGACCAAGUUUUCGGUUUUCUUCCGUGUUGCCCCAGAGGAUUUAAAGUGUGAAGAAUAAUUCCCUCACCCAGAAAAUCAUCUAGUCCACCAUUUCUACCCAGCUCCACAGUGCUCCGUAAAUAAGUGCUCAGUUCUACUGCAGUAUAGAUGUCUCAGUUGGUCUUUGUUCAUUGACAAAACCCAAACUGUUUUUUUUAUUAUUAUUAUUAUUAUUUGUCCCACAAUGUCAGUUAGAUUUCAGUCUCUGCUAAGUUAAGAUUUCUACUGUGACCACAUCAAGCCUCAAGUCCCUGAGCCCAAGAGCUCAUUUUUUUCAUGAUUUAUUUUAUUAUUAGGAAUGACUUGUCAUAGAAAAGCAGAACCUGGUACAAUUGCUGGUGUGCUACUAACACAGCCUUCAGCUGUGUUUAUUUACAGUAUUUUUAAUGCAGAAUUUUGAUUUGGCAAUUCAUUCAUUCAUUCAUUCAUCUAUAUUAACUUCAUUUUUCUAGACAAACGGGGAAUAAAAAAAGUAUUUUUUAACUGUGCCGCAAAACAGUAUUUGUAUUUUUACCAAGAAAUGCCACAAAUAUUUGACUCUUCGAGACACCAGAUAUUACACAAAAUGAUUGUUGUUAUUCUGCUACUGAGGCAUGGUUGGCCCCCAUCUCAGUCUCAGAAAAACAGAAUCUGUCUGGGAAAGUACCUUCAGUGUUCUGGCCUCUGUAGUAAUAAAAACUAAUCGUGAUUUUAUUUUUAUUUUUUUGUGAUAACAAGCUUAAAAAUAAACCUGAACGCACCUUGAAAUAAAAGCAGAAAGCCAAAAGAAUUAACCUUGAUAAAUUGUUAAAAUUACAAUAUGAAAUGCAGGGAAGCAUCUGAGAGGAUUUGGCUUAUAACAGGGAGGGCAUCUAUUGAUUAAGUGCCAGUGGAUCUUUUUAGACAUUUAGAGAUAAGGAACGGCCGUCCUGUUCUAAGUGUCUCAGAUCUGCGGAGGAGGUAGGAGUUUUAAUGCUGAGGAGGCGGUGGUGAUGAGAGUGACAGAUGGAGAGCUUUCCGUGCGGGCGCUGCAGACACACUCCCGGACAGGGGGGUGUGCUGGUUAAUGCCCAUGUUCACGUUGAUACAUGUCGUGCGAAUGUUGCUAAGCGGUGUACGUGGCUUGGCUGCAAUAGCGUUACUUCUUCGGGAUAGGCGUAAGUGAAGCUUUCUCCUGGGUAACGCUCUUUGCUCAAUUAAAAGCGACAGCCAUCUCAAUAUGGCGCAUCACCUUUAGCUAUAGAUUGUGCAAUCAGCGUGCUUUCAGACAUGAGACGAUGUUAAGAGACCCGACAAAUCUUCUCCGCAUGUAUGGGGAUAGUGAGCUAAUUGAACGCUUUCGUCUCUGCUGGGCUGAGCUAUUUCAAUUAAUUCACAGACCAGGGAGUGUAUCACAAAGCAGCAAAACGGAGUUAACUGUAUAAUUUCACAGAGCAAAAUCCGAAAGAACGGUUCCAGUUAAUCUUCCACCUUUGGAAAGGUUGUGGGUUUUACUCUGAACUUAUCCAGCAGUUAGUCCUGCUACCCCCGGAAAGUUGCGCCGUAUAGUAAAUUUUCCUUUCCAGAAUGCUUUCGAUGACACGAUUAAUGUCUACAAAUGGAACAGCAACAUUCGCACGACAUGAUAUAUCAACGUGACUGUGCAUUGUCUCGGCUGGACGUCGUCGUAUUUUUUGUGGUGCAACAGGCGCAAAUAUUCAACAGAACGCCUGACGGUGUACCUUCUUAACGCGACAGUUAUUUCCGCUCAUCGUCCUUCCAUCCAUCAUUAUCUAACCCGCUUAUUCCAGGUCAGGGUCGCAGGGGCUGCCGGAGCUUUUCCCAGCAAGCAUGAGGCGAGAGGCAGGAAUACACCUUGAACAGGCCACCAAUCCAUCAGUUUGCUCAUCUUAUGCAAAAAGAAUAUAAAACUACCUUGUCACCAGAGAACAAUGGUUUUCACCCAUUUUAAUUUACCGUACAAAUGAGACGGACAAAUAUAAAACCCUCUGAGAGGAAUGUUGUAAAUGUGAAAUGUUAGUCCAGAGAUGACCCCUGUAUAUAGUGUACCACAGGUACACUGGUUGUGUGCAACAGGUCUCGCCCCACAUCCACAUUUUUUGGCUAAAAAAGUCGCUGUAUAGCACUGUGUAUAUGGAACAAGGAAAUUACAUUUUAAGGCUCCACCCCAAGUGUUCUACAUUAAUGUUUCACUUCCUCUUUCCUCUAUGUUUCCAUUGUUAAGUGAAGUCAGUCGCUGUUUGCCACAAAUGCACUGGAAAGCAGAAGAGCUUUAAGCAGAAUUAGCAUUACACUGUCAAUGGGUUGAUCAUUAGGCUUUGCUUCCGGGUGCCUAAAUCAGGGAGUGGAAUAUUUUCCAGGGGCCGAGAUUCAGAACAAGGGAAAUUAAAAGUAUUUUUUUUUUCCUCUUGAAAAUUAGUACUUGGAUUAAAAUAUCUGGAAGUUAAGUUUCUCUUUGCUCUAUUACUGAAAUAAUUGCUGUGUUAAAUGUGCUGUCUGAUCUUCCAGCCUUAAUGGCUUACUGCUAUCCUCUUGCUAGCAGUUUUUUUGUUGGUUGCUUGACAAACAUCUGUCAAAAGGAAGCUUCAGAACAUAUCCUACUGGCUGAAGCUGAAAUGCACUGCAUUGUCAUUCAUCUGAUCCUUAUCCUGGCUGUUUGCUUGGUUUACAGGUGUCGAGAAUGCAUUUACUUCUGCCUGUACUCCCAGCUUCUUUAUAAAUAGUGGGGUUUUUUGGAGAGGUUAAGUUCUCUAAAUCCCCAUUUAACUGGCCUAACUGGUAUUCAAGGUACUGAGUUUUGGCGCCCCCAAAUUAAUUUGUGUUUCAACAGUUGACUCUCAAUCACUCUCCCGCACACAUACAGUAAAUACACACACACUUUCUCACGAGAGCGUAAAUGCGCGCACACACACUCGCACACACGCUCUCUCUCUCUCUCACACUCACUUCAGAUGAUUCUCUCUGAAUGUGCCCCUUCCUGAUUUAUAAGUUAUUGACCAUGACUGGAUGUGUGCAGUUUAUGCACUUUUUAACAAUGCAAUAAGAGGCACAGCUUUCAGGGCUCAGGGUAUCUAGAGCGGGAGGUGAGGGGGAGGAAUUAGUGUUAGGAACAGUGUUUACCACCCUGUUUAAUGCGGGGACUUUACUGUGUUACGUGUGCAGAAGUUCCAGAGCUGAAGAACAGUGUUGUGAGUAUUUGGACUACAAACUAAUGCCUAAAUGUGACUUUUGGGAGAGUGGCCCUGCCCAUCUGUGUCAGAUCUCAUGGCUCCUCCCAUAUUCCUGUGACCACUCCCCCCUACUCAAUCGCCUGACCAAUCCCACACUGCCAGUUUGUGUUUCCGUGGCCCUGUAUUAAUAAAGAAUGACCACAAUAAGAAUAGUAAUAAUCUCAUGGACUGUACAAUCAGACUGUAAUUGGUAUGUUUUAUUUUUUUGUUUUUAUUAUUGUGUAGCUUUUUUUGUGAUUUUAAUUUACAAAUAAAAAUGCCACUGUCUUUUUA